GAGACCAAGACAGAUCGUUUUAUUUUCUCUUCUGGGAAUCUCAGCUUUUUUUAAAAAAAUAUCCAGAGUCCAGAUCAUCGUAUUCAAUUUGAUUAAUCAUAAAUCAGAUUUCAUUUCGUUAUCCUUUCCCAGGAUUCAAUUUCUUCGAAUCCGAUCGAAUUUCGAAUAUUUUCAAUCCGAGUUCGAGCGUUCAUGGCUUCCUUGUCUUGUCAUUAAUGCUUUUGGUUCGAAUCCAUAAAAAUCAUUGAUUUCACCUAUUUUCAGAAAUCAGAAAUAAUGGGUUUAUCAAAUGACAGGAUCAAAUUCAACGUUGGUGGCAGAAUCUUCGAAACGACAGCGACAACGCUCGCUAACGCAGGUCGCGAUUCCUUCUUCGGAGCAUUAUUCGACGAAAAUUGGAAUCUUUCACAACCCGGGGAUCUCUUCAUCGAUAGGAAUCCAGAUUGCUUCGCUGUUCUUCUCGAUCUUCUCCGAACAGGAGACUUAAACAUCCCGCCUAAUAUCCCGGAGCGUCUCCUUCACAAAGAAGCAAUGUUCUACGGCUUAAUAGACCACUUACGAACCGCAAAGUGGGGACCUUUCGACGGUAACAGACUCCACCUAUCUCGUUCCGUCACCGGCAUAGCUCCUGGAGACGGAACGGCGAUAAGAGCUGGUCCGGAUGGUGGAUGCUGCAUAGCUCAUGGGAGUGUCGUCCAUGUCUUUGAUUGGAUGCUUGAGGAGCAUCCAACGAUUAAUCUUGAUUACCAGAGAGUGAACGAUGUUGGUUGGAUUGAUUCUGGUAACAUUGUACUCUCUGCUUGUGAGAGAUUAGGAAGAGGAGAUGGAGGAAUGGGAUUGUUUAGCUCAUCUUCUGGUGAGCUUAGGUAUAAGUUUCAGGUUAGUCAUGAUAAUCAGGUUAAGAGUUAUAGUGCUGGAGCUUUGAGUUUUAGUCCUGAUUCUAAGAUCUUUACGAGCUGUAAAGGAAGAAGUAAUGAGUAUGGGAUUGGAGUUUGGGAUCAAAGUACUGGAAAGCAAGUAGAUUUCUUUUACGAGAGUCCUGGUUGGUCUUUAGGAGAUGCUGAUAAGUUGCAAUGGUUGAGUGGUAAGAAUUGUCUUCUUGUAGCUACUUUGUUUCCAAGGAAAGAUAACUGUUAUAUUAGCUUGUUGGAUUUCCGAGAGAAGAACAUGGUCUGGUCUUGGUCUGAUAUCGGAUUUCUUACAAUGGCGGAAGAGAAGAGAGUGAGAGACGCGAUAGCAAUGGAAGAGAGCAAUUCGAUAUGUGUGGUGAAUGAGUUUGAAGAUCUAGGGUUUAUUGAUCUGAGGAUGGAUGGAGGAGGGAGUAGUGUGAGGUGGAGUUCUAGGAGCAGGUUGAUGAAAAGCAAGAUGCCUGAUGAGCCUUGUUACCCCAAACUUGCUUUGCAUGAAGGCCAGCUCUUCUCGUCUAUGAAUGAUUCCAUCUCUGUGUUUUGUGGAUCAGACUGGGUUUUGACUUCUAGGUUGAAAAGAAGCUAUGGCGGCUCCAUUUGUGAUUUCUCUAUUGGUGGGGAUAGGUUGUUUGCAUUGCACAGUGAGGAGAAUGUGUUUGAUGUGUGGGAGACUCUUCCUCCUCCCAUCAUCUGAUUUCACAUUUUGAUAUCUUGAGCUUAGUCUGGUCUGUUUCUGUUGCUUCUGGUUUGCUUCUUUUGUUAAUGUUUUAGGGUUGUUAGAAAAUAUAUAGGAUGAGAGAAAUAGCAAUAGUCAAGAGAAUAUAAACAUAGAGAACAUGAUCAUAGACUUUUGUUAGGAUUGAUAUUAAUACGAUUUUAAGUUUCCAGUUUCAGGUUGUGUUCUGUUUUGUCCUUAUAUGACUCUUUCUCAAUGUAAAGAAUUAAUCCUCUUUUGACCUUUAGCUUUAAGCUCCUUUCAUGGUGGUGUGAACUGUGACCACAGUCUCAGAUUUCUAAAGAUUUGAUGAUUCGCUCCCUUAUUUUGGACAUGUGAGUGUCUUUUGUUGGACAGUGAAUGACUUUGUCUUUCCACUUUCCGUAAAGAAGUCCCAAGAAUUUUGCUUUAGCUUUCUUUUCUCUCUUCACUUUUUCUUUUGGCUUUUUU